AGUACUUUUUCAGAGUUAUUAUCCCUCCAUAUAUGCAUGUUUUAGUCUUCUCCAUCAACCUGUUUUCCACAGAAAAGUCAAAAUCCAGACCUAUGUGACAUUCGCAACUAGCAUUAUGACUAGUAUCCAUUUGUAAUGCUGAGCUAUCUGAUUGGUCAAAUCAAAGUCAUUUGACUUUGGUGUCUAUUGUUUACACUUGCCACUUUUUGCAUAUUUUAAGGUGUUGAGGUUAAUUUCUGUCACUGGAUACUACUAUAAAACUUAUUUUAAGUCUGAAUUUCACAGUUAUUAAGUUGAUAGCUAACGAUUAUGGUAAACAAAUCCUAAUCAAAGUACGUUAUUCCGUCGGUGAAUAGUAGCAUUUGAGUAAUCUUUAGGUUUUCUUUCCAUUGAACACCUGCUUUUAUAGAUACGGUGAAGUUAUACUUUAAGCACCAAAAAGUACCAAUUCGCCCCUGCCCUUGGAGCGCACAUUAAGCAGGUUAGUAAAACCAGUCAAAUAACAUAACAAUCACGAAUAAGAUGUAAUAUGAUAUGAAACGGAAUAUCUGGUCAUUUUUGCAUUAUGUUUGAGGAAAAUUGAGUUGAGGUUUAGGCUAAGGAAAAUCCAAGACUGAGAGGUGUUUUUAUCACACUUCAGAGAAAGGGAUCCUGUAUAUCAGUUCCACGCCUGUCUUUCUCAAUCCAAUAUCGUUUUUACGAGCUAGUAUAAACCAAUUUGAUUUCUUUGUGCUCGCCCCUUGAUUGUCAUGUACAGGUUUCUUAUCUUCGGUAAACUGCGUAGCUCGUCCCGUCAGUCAACUGUCGCAGUAUCAUUCUACUGCUUCUCUUCUCGUAUUUUCUUAUUUUCUGCCGUAUGAUAACUCAAACUCAUACACUUUUGGGCAGUGUUAUACACUGGCUUAAUAGUCAGACAGUGUAUUUUACGAUUAAGAUAAUUUCUCUUAUAGACAUUUCUUUGUGGAAUAUAAUCAUUAAACAGACAUGAUUGUGUUUGUGCAACUAGGAGAAGGAAAUGCCUGUCAAGUAUUUUACGUCACUAAAGAUUAUGCAGUUGGUCCCUUUUUAAACCUGUCAGCUUACGAUGCGCUAGAGAGCCAGAUGGUUAAUUCAAACAAUGUAUCAGCGAUAUGUAUUUGUUCUACUGCUAUUCACUGUCAUGUGUAUUAUUCUGGGAGUAACAUUUUACUCUAGGUAUCAUAAUGCCUUUCACUAAAGAUCUUUUGUGGUAUAAAUACACUUUUGACAUAGCUUAAACCGUCUUUCAGUCAGUGGACCGCUGACUGCAACUCACUACCACAUACUUCGACUAGCACAGCAGAGUAAUAUCCUAAACCUUCAUACGUAAAAUUGAGUGGUAGUUAAUUGAUUAAGUGCAGCUUCACUUACCCGAAUAACCUCUUCAAUCCUCAUGCAUAUGUGUUCAACAAAAAUGCACACGGUUGUAUUUUCUGUAUUUGUGUAUUGUUUGACAUCCACUAGCUAAAGGUGUUGUUCUCUUCUCCUUAUACGGUAUUCAGAGGUCAGUAAAGGUAAAAGUUCUCAUUGUUAUCUUUAUCAAGUCGUUUAAAGACUAGAAUGACUUAUGGCACUGAUAGUGAGUUUUAACUUUUACGCUUGGUUUUCAUAUAAUUUCUUUUUUCUUUCAUAAUAUAAUAGUUCCGUCACAGUUAUGGAAAAUGCCAAAGCUGUCCUAAUGAAAAAGGAUGCUAUUCUUGAGCAUCCCUCUAUGCUAGCGGAAGCCAUUGAUUGUGUCCGAUAUAAUGACAUACAGACUGGACAAAACGAGGCAGAGGAAUUAUUGGUGGAAAGCUAUCAAGGGGCAAUUGAGUUUUUGUUCGAAUUGGGAACUUGGCUUACCUAUAUAGAUGAAGAUGCUCAAUCUACUCGCAAUAUAAUUGAAUCAGUUGUCAAGGAAGCUAUACUCCAAAAUUAUGAUCGUUCAAAGGCUAUAACAUGUUUAACAGAUGAAGCCUCAGCUGACACUAUGGAGUGGCUCAGUCAGAUGGUUGAAUCUCCAACUUGGCGUCGAACCAUUUAUGACUUAGCUCAGCAUCCACGUAACGAAGACUGUCCAUUUUUAUCGCUAUCUAUGCCGUGUAUUGCUGUAAAAGAAAGUCUGAUAGGUGAACUUAUAUCUGUUCCCCUUGCAUGGAAUACUCUCGGGAUAUUUCUAAAAUGCGUUAUAUACGUUUUGCAACCAUUGCUAGCUGCCGGUGAUACAGUUAAAGAUCAAACCUUUAUGUAUUCUGUAGCGUUUCUACAACCGAAACGAUGUAAUGGUUCCAUCAAUUAUUCUGUUUCACAUUCGGAAAUGGAUUCAAUGAAUUCAGACUCACUCCCACCUAUUGAUGAAAUCAAAGGUUUCGUUUCUUCUGUUGACGACAAACGACAGUCAUAUAGCUCUUCAGAGGGAGAGAAUCAUUUUCCAAGUGAUACCGCACUAGAUAUGUUGCCUCACUUUUUGGAAAUGGGUUGUCAUAGUGAACAUGGAUACUUGCUUCUCCAGUCUAUCCUUCAGUGUUUAGCACGUCGGAUGAAGGGUCAUUGUGCUCACCAUCUCAUUUGGCUUCUGGAAGCUGAAGCUUGUCGAAGGGGCCGUGACGUAAGCCGUUACACAACAUAUCUUUGCGGUUCACGAGACUAUCCUGAGAGUAUGGAUUCAAUGCAAACAAUUCUUAAGGAACAAGAUUUAAUCCCUGAAGCACUUUCACAACUUGAAAAAGCAUACAAAGGAGACGCACCUCCGCCUGUUGCACUUUUACGUCAACCCAUUUUCAUUGCACUUCUCGCUGAUGCACUGUUUGCAAGUGCAGAUCGACUAUUAAAUGAACAGUUAGAACAAUACGCCUACCUGUACAGUUAUGCUGCAAUGGUUGUUGAAGAAACUGAUCCAAUCACUGAUCGUCGUAUCUCAUGCAUUCGUACUGAAGUUGAUCGAGCGAAACACGAGGUUUUAGAAGCUAGUCGUAUCUGUCGACAGUGGAAUAAUAUGUCUGGAAGUGGAAUUAGUUUACGUGCAUUUCGAGAUCUUCCAACUCUUUUGAAAACUCUAUCAUGUCGACCUGUUUCAUUUGGUGUAUUUCGCUUUGUUCGAGUAGUUUUUCACACAAAGCGUGUUGACUUUGAGUUAAACUUGGACACUAUGAAACCUUACUGUAUAGUGGUGAAUGAACUGGCUGAGGUGAAUGUAUAUUUACGUCCUGCUCUUCUAGCGUUUAUUACAGAAUUACUAGCUUCUUCGGUUGAAGGAAUGGAGGAUUUAAGUCAGUUGGAGUACAAACGAAUGCUGGUCGGUUUACUUGUACACCUGUUAUCGUGUGGACAUGUACUUCCUGUGAUAAAUACAAUGCGUAGACUGUUUGUACGAAAUCGUGUGGACGUGUCGAUUGUCCGGCAUUUCGUUACAGAAGUCUUAAAAGUGGCCGCUCCACCAUAUAAAACAUCCUUUUUGAAUGCGCUUUAUCCUCUAGUUGUACAUCCUGAUAUCAACGAUGGAUUGAAAGCAGGAAAGGACACCGAUUAUGUGAAUGAAUUCCUUGGUAUGUGUGUAUAUAUAAGAUAUUGAAAGUCAGGCUGUAUAAAGUAUAUUUUUCCCAAUGAAUUCUCUUUAGUUGAAUUAAUGUCAGUAAAAUGUUCGAGCAUUGUGGAAUAGAUCAAAUAAAGUAUAAUUAUAUUUCAAGGGUUUACAAACAAUGAUAAGUUUUGUUAUCCGUAAUAUUUCGAGCAAAAUUACUAUCCGUGUUCACACCACUAUUGCAAUUUCAUACAUUUGGUUCCCUUGAUAAAUUUCGAUAGAGAAAGAAAGACCAGAUUUGCAGUAUAAAAUGAUAUCUUUCUAUUUCACAGGUUCUCAUCAUCUGCAAACUACCUGAAAUUACAAUGGUUAUAAAUAAUAACAUUUCAUACUUCAUUGUUUGAAAGGUAACACAGAAAGCAUUAUAAGAUAAACGCAUCCGGAAUAUAAGGAUUAAAAUUUUGUAGUUUAAGUUACCAUCAAUUUAUAUACUAUCAAACUAUGA